GCUAGCUCUGAAGCACUGGCCAGCAGUCCCAAUGGCAGCAGCGAGGCUCCCAAAAGCAACAGCAGUGGUGGCUCCCAGGGCACCCUGGCCUGCAGUGCCAGUGACCAGAUGCGACGAUACCGUACUGCCUUCACCCGGGAGCAGAUUGCACGGCUGGAGAAGGAAUUCUACAGGGAGAACUACGUAUCCAGGCCCCGGAGAUGCGAGCUGGCAGCUGCCCUAAACCUGCCAGAGACCACCAUCAAGGUGUGGUUCCAGAACCGGCGCAUGAAGGACAAGCGGCAGCGGCUGGCCAUGACGUGGCCGCACCCGGCCGACCCCGCCUUCUACACGUACAUGAUGAGUCACGCGGCGGCCGCGGGCGGCCUGCCCUACCCCUUCCCGUCGCACCUGCCCCUGCCCUACUACUCGCCGGUGGGCCUGGGCGCCGCGUCCGCCGCGUCCGCCGCCGCCUCGCCCUUCAGCGGCCCGCUGCGUCCGCUCGACACCUUCCGCGUGCUCUCGCAGCCCUACCCGCGGCCCGAACUGCUGUGCGCCUUCCGCCACCCGCCGCUCUACCCGGGCCCGGCGCACGGACUGGGCACCGCGGCCGGCGGCCCCUGCUCCUGCCUCGCCUGCCACGGCGGCCCGGCCAACGGGCUGGCGCCCCGCGCCGCCGCUGCCGCCGCCUCGGACUUCACCUGUGCCUCCACCUCCCGUUCGGACUCCUUCCUUACCUUCGCGCCCUCGGUGCUCAGCAAGGCCUCCUCCGUGGCGCUGGACCAGAGGGAGGAGGUGCCCCUCACCAGAUAAGGGGCCGCCCGCGGGCAGCCGGCUCCAGGACGCCCGUGGGGACCCCCCUGGAACUCAGCCAGCGCCCCUCCCGGCCCCCAGGGCACCGAGGGGAAAGAAGAGGGCCACCGAGGACCAGCGGGAUUUGGCCUCGAGCACCGGGACGCCCGGGAAGUGGCCGUGGCUGGCACGUUUGGGGAGCAGGAUCGGGGAUGGGAAGGUAGAGGCUGAGAGACCUUCCUCUGGGGCGGCCCUCUUUGCCAUUCUUCACCAGACCCACUGCCCUUGACCCGGAUUGAGGCCAUGGCUCCAGAGCUAAACAAACUUAGCAGCAACAACAACAACCAAUAUUCAGCCCCUCACCCCCAUCCCUCCCCACCCCUACCCCAACCCCAACCCCUUUCUCAUCCGGGACCCCUCCCCCUGCCAAGGCCAAGUCCAAGCACUGGAAAGGGAAAUCGCUGUCUCUCCGAACAAAAAGCUGUGUAUGCAGAGCAGGUAGAGAUUAAUCUUAGCUAGCAUUUUCAAGGCAUGGCAAGGGGCUUGUGGAUGGCAAAGCACCAGCCAUCUAGGAAAGAGAGGGAGAUGAUUUACUGCUGUGGAUAAUGCUGGCCCCUCCAAGGAAGCAGGGGGCUUUCUUGCCCUCUUGGAGCCUCAGUUACAUAUUUUUUGAUUCUGGUAUCUACCAUCACCAGAUCUCUUUCAUCUUUCCUAACUUCUUGAUAUCUCUCAACUUGUAACUCCAGCUCCACCCCCAUUCCUCCCCUACUUUCUGUGUCACUGGGCAGGGAGGCUGCAGACACCUCAGAGCCCCUUGGCGGCUUCCACCAAGCCUCUUUUCUCUGGGUCCAGCACACACCCUGAUUAGCAAGUGAUGUGUGUGAGGAGGGAUUUUGAAUGUUGAAUAUAUAAUAAUGAUCACCAUGCUGCCAGCCACAGAGCCCAGAGCUGGGCUGUUAACAAGGCGCCCAGGGAAGAGCUUAGGGAGCAGGGAACUCAUCUCCCUCCCUCAGUAUCUGGUGGCAAAUUAGAGGCUAUUUCCAGCCUUUGCCUGUUUACCUUCUCUUCACCAGCAGCUUUCUGCCCUUCCCUUUGCAUUUGGCAUUUUACAUCCUUCUUCCUCUCAUUUUCCUCCCCAGUUGCCAAUGGGGCUUGACUUUCAGAUACUAGCAGGAGCCUUCUGCCUCUUCUAGGGAAUUUGUCUCUCCCCUCUGCCGGUGUUUAUUUGGGAGCCACUCCAAUACUCUCAUUUCCACACUCAUUCUUGCAGCCAAUUUUUGAGGGAUGGGAGAAUUUGUACCCCCAAGGCAAGCUUCACCCUGAGUGGGAGGGAAUGGUUCUUCCUGUAGGGAAUGAAUUUGAUUUGGUUUUCCU